AUGAGUGAAAUCCAACGUUUACCCUCCGUGGUGAAUCCAAACCCAGUUCAUCCAAAUGCAAAGACUACUACCCAGAUCAAUAAUGGAACAACAACAACAAAGACCAAUAUCCUGCUGCCUGUUUGUCGGAAUUGUAAGACGCAAACCACGCCGCUCUGGCGCCGUGAUGAAACUGGCCAGGUGUUGUGUAAUGCAUGUGGUUUGUUUUUAAAGUUGCACGGAAGACCUCGUCCCAUCAGCUUAAAAACAGACACCAUCAAACUGAGAAACAGAAUCAAACAGCCAAACUUUUCCAAGCUGCUGGGGCCAAACACCCCGGAACUCAAGCUGAAGGAUCUGAAAGUCCUGCUUCUGGGAAAGAAACUGCCCAAGUCUGCUAAGAAGAAGCCUGCCUCUUCUUCUCCUUCUGUGGAACUGGUAAGCAGCUACUCAGGUGUAAUGAACGGCGACCUGGCCUCCAUGGUCCACUCGCCACUUCAGCACCCUACACGUGCUCCCAUCAAUGGCGGAGCCUAUCCCCAGCAUAUUGGCCACUUUGUAGGUGGCUUACCCCAUCAGGUACAGCUGUUGCACUAUCCAUCAUCAACACCCACGCAGUUUGCGCCUGGUUUGCAGAGAAUCACGUCGCCUUUAUUGCUUUCAACGUCUUCUUCGGUGCUGAAUGCUAGAUCUGCCAUUCCUUCUGUUCCAGCCGCCACCAUAACCUCGCCCAAGGGCCAGUUGUCAGCCGUACAGGCUGCUGGUGCAUUGGAGAACAUGUCCAACGAGUUGGGUCCAUCUGCCACAUUUAAAGGGGCUGCUCCUGCUUCGCUUAAUGGAGUGUCACUCAUGGGUAACUCUGGUAAGGCUCGUACCGAGACGCCCGUGCUCAGCACUCCUUCAUCAGCAUUGAAAUCUGGCGUUUCUCAUCCUCCAAAAUUGCCAGCUUUGGGCUCGAACCCAGACUCCGGCGAACAAACCAAGAUCAUGGCUUCUCCGUCUUUCGGACCUCAGUUCCAUUUCACAGAUGCUCCUGUCAAGCAGGAGACUCCAGAACAUCUGAAACCUUCGUUACCUCCACUCCAACACUCGCUGGCCUCGGGUAGCCAGUUGCCUCACUUUCAAACGAAUUUUGGUCAUGUUGCUCAGCCAAACACCGAGCUGAAACUUCCGCAACCUUUCGAACAGGUAGGAAAGACUCACUCUACACAUCAGUCUUCCAGUGCCGGUUCCUCAAGCAUUGAUCAAAGUGGAGCUAACUCCAAUGUGACGAAUUCGGCUCCUCAGACUGGAGCUUCCACUCCUUCGCAGAAUUCUAACCCUGAACGUGGAUCUCUGAACGACAAUAGCGGCAACGAUAGAAACCCGGACAAGAAUGGUAAUUCCGGAGAAAAGAACGGUAACUAUGAGGUGACGUUAUUGAAGACAAGAAUCUCCGAGUUGGAAUUGGUGAACGAUUUGUACAGAACUAGAAUUAUGGAAUUGGAAGCAUUGGAGCAAGCUGCACGUUUACGUGAGGGCUCUAUGAGAAGACGUCUUGAUGAGAUGUUGGCUUUACAGGGACAAGAUUCUAUGAUGUUCAACAACUCGUUGAAGGUGUUGAAGAGAGAAGGAGACGGCCAGGAGGGCCCUAGCAAGAGAUCCAAGGGAAUUUAA